GUUGAUCGAAGCGUAUUUAAUUGUUCAUCAGUCUGAAAAGAGACCUUGAAAGGUAAUGUCGUCAAUAAAGCUUUCGGUUUUCUUCUUUCUGAUCGGAGUGAUUAUUUUGUGACACUUUUAUGCGAUCGAUGCAUCAUCUAUGAUUGAAAUAAUAGAUGUACCCUCUGUUGUACGAAACGGUACUGGACCAGUCAAACUCUCUUGCAUUUACAAAAUCGAUGAGAAUGAAAAUGGUCUGGUUGUUAAAUGGUAUCACGAGUUGGAUCAAAUUUAUCAAUGGAUCCCACCGUGUAAAUAAACCCUUGGACUAUUAUAAAAAUUCUUAUUUGCCACCCCAAGAUAUGGGAAUAAUCACGAACUAUUCGAAAUAUCCAGCAAAAAAUCUGAUAGAACCGGAAACGCGCUCGAUAAUCGAUUUAAAAAUGAUUACUCUUGAUAUGAGCGGAGAAUACAUGUGCGUUAUCAAAACAUUUUCUACUGAACAUACCAAAGCAACUAGGAUGAUCGUUUACGUCCCGGAAAGCAGUGCCAAAAUUCAUGUCACUCGUUUCAAUGAUAGUCAUACUAAUAUCAAAUGUACAGUCUUAGGAGCACAACCAAGACCAACUUUGAAACUUUAUAUAGAAGGGAUAAAAAUCGAUGAUAAAUUCGAUCAAUCAUCGUUAAUUAUUCAUGAUAAUAUAUAUAAAUAUAAUUCGUAUGUAAUAUGGAAUAGUAUUAUAAAAAAUAUGAUUAAUCCAGUAUUAAUAGAGUGCGAGAUUUCUAUUUCCGAAACGAAUUAUAAACGAAGAGAAAAAAUGGUUUAUUAUCCUGAUGGUAUAAAAUUAGGAUAAUAAAUUAUACAAUUAUAUGAAUUAUAAAAAUUCAUUUCUUAAAUAUUACUCUGACGCAGUUAAUUCCUAUAUAAGUCCAACCGUUAGAUUCCUAAAAACACUGUGUUGUACAAAUUCAUACGAAACUUAUACAAUACUAAAAACAUGUGCGAAAAUGUGUUAAUGAUUCGAAAAAUAUUAAUAAAUUUGAAAAGAAUAAAAUUAACAAGAAAAAAAUAA